AAGGCAAAUACUUUUUGUAGUCACUGUACAUUUUCAGAUUUGUCUCAAAUUUUAUAAAUAUAAUCAUGAUAGUCAUUUACACUCUGUAUAGUGCAAAUGAAAUUUUAAAAUGUUUUAUAUAACACACGUAAUAUAUUCGUAAAAGUUUUUAUAAAUGUUCCAAUGCUGAGUAACUAUAGAUCGUGUGUGUCGUUCCUGGGAGCAAUUUUCGUUCGUUAAAAUGUUUACGCUUUAUCGAAUCUGCAUCAAUAAUAAGGAAUAUAAUAGCGACGUUUUAUGCGUCGUACAUCUUCAUUCUGAAUAACUUAGUAGGCCCAUAUGUUUAUAGUUAAGCUAUAACAGUAAGUGAUCAAUGGAACAUCGGACUUUGCGCUCGCGCCGUCGUACUUCAUUCGUCGGUGUCCAUCAUGAUUUCCCAACCAAUUGUAGUACCUGGAGGUGAGCAUCGAACAUCACAAUCAGAAACCCACUCUAUGUCUGUUGGAAGUACAUCUGAUUGCUUUAAGACCAUGACACCGCCGAAUGUAAGCAGAUCACUUAGUAACCGUGUUAGUGACAGUGGAUAUGGUACAUUACCAAGUAAGCUAGAACCAGUGGAUCAACAACUUCGACGAAGCAGUGUUCAAGUUCAAUCUGCAACAUUACCUAAACUUCCAUCAACAGAGUCCCUAUCAACAAGUGUAAAUUUUGCAACUGCUGCACCUCCACUAUCUCCAGGUUUAACAACUACAAUGGGGGAAACAAAUCAAAAAACAGAUAAUGCAUCUGAUAAGUCUUUAGAUUCUUGCAAGUUAACAAGAAAAGAAUCAUAUAAGGCUCAAAGAAAAAAUUACCGGAUGGAGAAGAAAAGAGUUGCCAAUGAACUCUUAAGUUCGUUUAAAGAUCCAACUGUUAUUGUUAUGAGCGAUUGGCUUAAAGUUCGUGGUACAUUAAAGAGUUGGACAAAACUGUGGUGCAUCCUGAAGCCUGGUUUACUAUUGCUAUACAAAAGUCCAAAAACAAAAAGUAAUCACUGGGUGGGAACGGUUUUACUUAAUACAUGUCAAGUAAUAGAACGUCCAAGCAAGAAAGAUGGAUUUUGUUUUAAAUUGUUUCAUCCCUUGGAACAGUCAAUAUGGGCUCCAAGAGGUCCAGAAAAAGAAGCUAUUGGUGCGGUUGUACAACCUUUGCCAACAUCUUAUUUAAUAUUUAGAGCACCUUCACAGGCAGCUGGUAAAUGUUGGUUGGAUGCACUUGAAUUAUCUUUACGUUGUUCAUCUUUAAUAGUACGCUCAACAAGUGCAUUACCGCGUGCUUUACCACAUGAUACUACAACAACUCAUGAAACUCAGUGGAGUGAAGCAGAUUAUGAAAAACACUUUGAUGAACAUGUAUGCUUGUCUAAUUAUGCUCCUCAAUCACCUACAACACCUCAAAGACGUUUGUUAUCAUGUCCUCAGCCUUUAACACCUUCUAUGUCAAAUAAUCCUAAAAGUGUUUGUCCUUCACCAACUCCAAUGUUUCAGCAGUUAUAUCAUGCAGUAGCAUAUUGGGAGAAACAAUUUUGCGAUAAAUCUCCACCUGUCGCUGCAGAUACAGAUAUUAUUUUGUCUUCGAAUACUGUAGACAUGUUAGGUGAUGGAGAUACUUAUCCCCAUUUUGAAUCUUCUAUCUCCAAGCCUAUUACGUCUUGCACUCGACGCAUGACUGUUCCUUCUGUACAUGUCCUGGAGUAUGAUACUCCAACAGUAGUAACGCUAGAUCCUAUGCACUCCUCACAUAUAGACCUGGACGACAUUAGCCAGCCAGAGAACGGAGUAGCAGCUGAUGCAGAAAUUAGUGCAUCAGACAGUGAAUCUGAAGGGUCAGCUAAAGAAGAUCAACAAGAAACAAUUAACGAAACUCUAUAUGUUGCGAAUGAGCAAGAAGUCCUUGGAGCGGCUGGAGAAGUAGUUACAGAAUUACAGGAAGAACAAAAAUCUUUAAUAUGGUUCUUGAUGAAACAAGUUCGACCAGGCAUGGAUUUAUCGAAAGUAGUCUUGCCGACUUUUAUUUUAGAACCUCGUUCGUUCCUAGAAAAACUGGCUGAUUCUUAUUACCAUGCAGAUUUAUUGUCCCAAGCAGUAGUGGAAGAUGAUGCAUUUACACGUAUGAAAGGUGUUGUUAAAUGGUAUUUAUCUGGAUUUUAUAAAAAACCUCAGGGUUUGAAGAAACCAUACAACCCGCUUUUGGGUGAAACUUUCCGCUGUUAUUGGCAGCAUUCUAAUGGUUCAAGGACUUUCUAUAUAGCUGAACAGUUAUCUCAUCAUCCACCUAUAUCAGGCUUCUAUGUUACAAAUCGACAAGAUGGAUUUACUAUUAGUGCUACAAUUAUUGCUAAAUCUAAAUUUUAUGGAAAUUCAACAUCAGCGGUUUUAGAUGGUGUUGCAAUACUGACAAUGUUGCCCAGAGGAGAAGAUUAUACAAUGACGAUACCUUACGCCCAUUGUAAAGGUAUUCUUAUGGGAACAUUAUCUAUGGAAUUAGGUGGGAAAGUUCAUAUAAAUUGUGAAAAGACAGGUUAUCAUACUGAACUAGAAUUCAAACUCAAGCCAUUUCUUGGAGGUGCAGAACAAAUGAAUCAAGUUACAGGAGGAAUACGGCUAGGAAAAGAAACUCUUGCUAUUAUAUCAGGCUAUUGGGAUGGUCAAAUAUUAAUUACAGAUAAAAGAACUGGGCAAGAAAGUGUGUUUUUCAAUCCUACUCCAGAAAUACGUAAAAAGAGAUUGAAAAAGUACACUGUACCUCUAGAACAUCAAGGUCCAUGGGAAAGCGAGAAAUUAUGGUACGAUGUUACUCAGGCAAUUAAUGGCGAUGAUCAAGUUGCUGCUACUGAUGCAAAAACUCAAUUGGAAGAAGCACAAAGAGAGCGUGCUAAAGAACGAAAACUUAAAGGACAAGAAUGGAUUCCUAAACAUUUUGUUCAGGAUAUUAUAACGGGUAACUGGGUUUAUCGACAUGCGGAUGUUCGACCAUGGGAUCCUAGAAAUGAUGUUGUACAAUAUGAACAAGAUUACAUAGUGCGUACGAAAACUAGACACAAAACACCAAUUAUGCGUACUGGAAGUAUCGUAUCAACUGAACCACAGACACAGGUUCCACUUCUUCAAGCUGAGUCACGUUCUUCGCUUUCUGUAUUAAAAUCUUCCAAAAGACAGUUGUCUAAUAAUUUACCAUUAACAGAGACCGCUCAUGAUUCUGGAAGUUCCUCUGCAGAGGUACACUCAGAUUCUAGUCAGUCAGUAGGUAAAAGAAAACGUUCUACGGCUAGGAUAAUGGAUGUUAUAAAGGACAUAGAAAGACAAAUGUUAGAACAUGGUGAUAGACUUAAUCAUAUAAAACACAUAUUAGAACAACUUGCUAUAAUACAAAGAGAACAAGUUUAUCAACACCAUAGUAUAAAUAUGUUGAAAAGCUUCAUUGAUACGAUUCUUGUUAUUAUAAUAGUUUUCUCUGUACAAUACUUUGUAAAAAUAUGGACCGAUGAACCUAGUGGAGGUUGAAGAGUAUGAUAACAGAAUCGUAGUAUAAAUUGUAUAUAUUAUUUAUCUUCUCUCAAUUCGGAUUAUCAGCUUUUGCGUCAGGAACAAGCUUUGAAAAGAGAAAUCUUAAAAUUUGAAGUACCUAAUUUACAGGUGUUUUUAUCGGAGAUAAUAAAACACGCCGUUUUUAAUAGAAUACCGCUAAAAGGAUAGAAUAAAAAAAUUUAGAAUUAUUAAAGAUAUACUUAUUCAGGUAAUCGCUGUGCAAUGUUAUUUUAUUUAUAGCUUUUGGAUAGUUUAAUUUUUGAUUUGUAAGAUGAUACGUUAUAGCUAUAUAAAUGUAAGCUAUAUUUUCUAGUGAUUAAUGUAACACUUAUAGUCUUUGUUAAACGCUUCUCACGCCAUCAAUGAACUAUAUAAGGUAAAAGGAAUUUUUUUGAGCUUAUCAAUAGUAAUAUUUUGAGCUUAUAUAUAAUAUUUUAUGUGCUAAUGCACAAGAAAAUAAUUAUAUAUUUAUUCAGAAAUUCUAAUGACGUUGUAGUAUUUACUGCAGGCGCUCAAUAGUAAAAUGUAUUGAUGAUAAUAAUAAGAUAAUUGUAAAGAUAUAA